UGCAAAAUUUGGGCUACCGAUAUCACAUGCUGAGAAUUCUAUACUUGUACCGAAAAUACAGUGUGGAAUCAAGCUAUAAUAAAAAAAAUCAAGGGAUAAGCUUAUUAUUUAUUACAAUACCUAAGUGGAUGGUUGCUCAGUGCCUCUAUAAGCCAAUGAUAAGUAUGCCAUUCUAAAUGAAUGUGGCUCAUUGUAGUUUCACCUAGUGGUCAGUAGUUGUCGAGUUGAGACUCAGCCCCACCCCCAUCUCCUGCCCUCUCCGUUCUGGAUAAAACGUGUUGGCACGUACGUACAGUACUGCUCAUAAUCUAGUUUUAUCCUUGCCCAUAUUUUGUUUGAAUAAAUUUAGCGUAUAAUUAUUAUUAGUAUUAUAAAAGCUGUGAAUUCAACCAUCUUACUUAAGUAUUUUAUAAGACAAUAUCAAUCUGUCUUUCUAUAUCAAAAUAAACUUUAUCUGUAUUUUUGUAGCGAUGACUCAAAUAACGAAAGUUGAUGGUCGUGAUGAUGAUGAUGGUUUGUGGCGAAUAGCUUCAGAAGCAGGCGAAAAAUUCAGUGCACUUUAUUAUCGUGCUUUUGAUAAGUCGAAUAGACCUGAUUUACCUGGAUUUUUUAUGCAAAAUGUUAUUGUCCUAUGGAAUGGUAAUCGUAUUGAAGGUCAAGAAGCUGCUGUUGAAUUUUUCUCCAAACUACCAGAUAGUACAUCUACUUUACACUCAUUAUCUUGUCAACCAGUACAUAAGAGUUUAACUGGUGACAAAUUAUUGGUAUUGGUCAAUGUCUUUGGUACAAUUAAGUUUGAACGACAUCCUGCACGUAUAUUUUCGGAAACAUUUUUUUUAACACAAGAAAGUAAUUUAUGGCGUGUACAGUCGGUAACAUUUCGAUUCAUUGACUGA